UAUGUCUCACAGAGCAGAAGAAAUGGAUGAUAUUGUAGGAAAACUGCAACAAAAUGUUCGCGACCACCUUGAGAAGGCCUUUUCAAAAGCCCAAGAGAAAUACAGCGAUCUACGGACAAAGCUUGAACAGAGUGAGGCUCAAAAGAAAGAUCUGCAGAAAAAGCUUAAGGAAAGUGAAGACGCAAAGAAAGAUUUCACCAAAAAUCUUGAGCAGCGAGAGAAGAAACUAAAACAAAUGGAGGAGAAGCUUAAGCUGGAGCGAAAGAAGGCCAGUGAAAAUUUGAAAAAGCAAAAGAAAGCAAAUGAGGAGCUCCUGAAGAAGAUCACUGAAUUGGAGGGUCGCAUGGAUCAAGAUCAGGAUCAGGAUACAGAGGUCUCAAAUGCGGAUGAGUCUGAGGAUGAGGCAGAUGAGAUGGUUGUAAUUCGAGAAAAGUUAAAGGAGAAGGAAGAAGAGCUGGCCGAUGUUUUAACUCUGAACAAUACACUUAUUGUCAAGGAAAUAGAAAGCAACAAUGAGCUACAGGAGGCACGGCAAGAGUUAAUCAGAGGAUGGGAAUCAACAAGUCGUGCUUUUAUUGGUGUCAAGAGAAUGGGAGAGCUUGAUAGUAAACCAUUUCAGACUGCAUGCAGGAGAAUUUAUUCUUCAAAAGUAGCAGAUGACCAUGCAGUAGCACUAUGUUCUCUAUGGGAGGCUCAUCUUAAGGAUUCAAGCUGGCAUCCAUUUAAAAACAGCACAGAUUCUUUAGGACAUUCUAAGGAAAUUGUUGACGAUGAAGAUGAACAAUUGAAGAAGUUAAAAGAAGAGCUUGGCGAUGAAGUUCAUCUAGUUGUCACAACAGCUUUACUGGAACUAAAUGAGUAUAACCCUAGUGGCAGGUAUACAGUUAAUGAGCUAUGGAACUUUAAACAAGACAGGAAGGCGUCACUGAAAGAGGGAAUAUCAUAUCUGAUGAAUCAGUUGAAACAAAAGAAGAAAAGAACCAGAUGAAGGGGUUGUCUUGAGAG